AUGACUGCCAGUACACGGUCUAUAAACGACAAGAGUCCUACUAUAAAUAGCAAAUUUUUUGCUGUGUCUCAAAGUUCCGAUGAUAAUUCUUCUGAUGAUUCUUCUAAUAAAAGAAAAGUUGCAACUACUGAAGAUGAAUAUACAAGUGAUGAAGAACUUUUAUUGAGCUCUAGAGGAUUUAUUGAAACUCCUGGUUCUUUAGACGAUUCUUCUAUAAAAGUUGGGUCUCUUGUGUUUAAUGAAAUCGAUGAAUUCGAUGGAAGCCGUAAAUUAUUCUACGUCAUUUGUAAAAUGUUAAGUGCUAUGGGAAUUAUCGAGGAAGAGUACAUUGAUGAAAUGUCUACCGUUCAAUCUUCCUAUCAAUGCGCUUUCAAAGCUUUGGUCGUUCAAGCGUUGAAUUCUAUUAAACAAGAACAAGUAAUGAUUGAAUCUCACAUGAUUAUGCCUCCAGGUUCUGUAUCUGAAAAUGGAAAAGCUUCUCCGGUUGAUCAUGAAGAGAUUAAUAGAUACAACAAUGACUUUGUUGAAUUAAGGUUAUUGGGUAAGGGUGGUUUCGCUAGUGUUUGGCAGGCAAAAAAUAAAUUAGAUGGUAUAGAUUAUGCUAUUAAAAAAAUCAGAUUACGAGGCGAUAAAAUACCAAAAGAAAAAGAAAAACAUACAAAUGUUGUACGAUAUUACAGUUCUUGGUUGGAACACGUUAAUAAUAAACAACGUUGUAGUGAAGCUUUUCAAAUUCCAAUGUCUUCACAUUCAGCUAAUACCUCUUCUGAUUCUUUGAGUUCAAGUGAAUCAACUCAAACUAAUGGUGGUGAUUAUAAUGCUGAUAAUGAUUCGGAUAUUUUUAGAAUGUCUUUUUCUGAUGAUGAAGAAGAAGCUAGAUCUGAAAAUUAUAGUGGAAUUGACUUUGUUACUGAUGAUAAUUCUAAUAUAGAUAAUGUAGAAAUAUUACAAUCCUCUACUUCUGUCACAGGUGUCACAAGGCGAUCAUCUAAUCAUGAUAGUUUUAGAAGUGAUCUUUCUAAUUCGUCAUAUUCACGAUCUACUGGAAAAGAUAAUACUGAAUCGUCAACGUUUGAAAGAGAUUGGGUUCUUUUUAUUCAAAUGCAAUUAUGUCAUAGUACUUUGAGAGAUUAUUUGAAACGUAGAGAUGCUAAUUUAUUAGCAACGAAAAAAGAUCCUUUGAACGCUGUUGAUCGUCAUGCUAGCAUUGAAUUAUUUCGUGGAAUAGUUCGUGGUGUUGCUUAUAUUCAUGAACAAGGGUUGAUUCACAGAGAUCUCAAACCUGGAAAUAUUUUCAUUGGAAUGGUUCCUGAUACUAAUUAUGAUAAUGAUAUUUGGGUUGCUACUGAGAAUACUUCAAUUAAUGUUGAAAGAUUAGUACCAAAAAUUGGUGACUUUGGUUUAGUUACAGCCGUGGGUGAUGAUAACACAGAUUCUUCUAUGAAUAAUUCUGAUUCAUCCAGUUUUAGGAGUGCUAGGAAUUCUCUUGAAUGUUUUAAUUCUAGCAAUCGAACACUCAAUCAUCAUGGAUCAAGCUCUUCUUUAACUUCAAAAUCAAGAACUAUUGGUGUUGGUACAGUUACGUAUGCUUCUCCUGAGCAGCUUGCAAAACCUCCCAUACCCUAUAAUGAAAAGGUUGACAUAUAUUCGUUAGGAAUAAUUUUCUUUGAGCUUCAUUUCCCAUUUUCAACUGGGCAUGAACGUUAUCAAGUUCUAAAAGAUUUAAGACAUGGUAUAUUACCAAACGGAUUUGUCCAACGAUUCCCAAAAGAGACGGCGUUUAUUUUGUGGAUGAUGGCAGAAGAUCCAGAUAAAAGACCAAAUGCUAAACAAAUAUUAGAUUUUGAAUUGUUAUCUGAACCAAUUCAAGGCGAACAUGCAGAGUUACAAAAUAGACUGGUUGAAAAUACACAAAGAAUCGAUGUUAUUACUAAAGAAAAUGAAAUGUUAAAGAAAAAGGUUGAAGAAUUGGAAAAAAUGUUGAAGAAUUGUGAAUGUAAAAACAAAAAAUAG